GCUGCAGCUGUGUGUUUGUGAUUCGCGCAGCAUUAUGGGAAACAAGAUGAACGCGGCCGGGUGGUGACAGUCGGGAUGCGUUUGUGUGUUAGUCGGAGUGGUGUUUAUAAAGAUGGCGGCUUUACUGUGCGGGGUUCUCCGGCUGUCACAGCGCGCGCGCUCACGCAGCGGUGUUAUUAGGCGUUAUGGCACGCAGGAGACGGCGUGGACAUGUCACACACUCUCACACAGAGCUCUGAUCAACAUCCGCGGUCAGGACACACACUCCUACCUGCAGGGACUCAUCACAAAUGACGUCAAAGCGCUGAAGGAGACCGGACACACUGCCCUGUACACACAUCUGCUCAACGUGCAGGGGAGAACCCUGUAUGACGUCAUAAUCUACAGUCUGAAGGAAAGCAGCGACGGCUCCAACAGCGUCCUCCUCGAGUGUGACAGCUCAAUGUUGAACUCCAUCACACGUCACCUGAAGGUGUAUAUGAUCCGGCGUAAGGUGUUGGUGGAGGCGUGUCCAGAUCUGGUGCUGUGGGCUUUACUGGGACUGAAUACACGUUGCACACACACUGCCGAGGGGCCGGAACCUGAAUCUGAACCUCAGCCGGAGGUGAGGAACGGCGAUGGGGUGGUGGCAAUGGUCCGAGAUCCCAGAACCCCUCUGAUGGGCUGGAGACUGAUCACCAGGAACCAGGAAAAUCCUUCAGAAAUCUUCACAGCCUGUAAACAUGGCACCACUGAUGACUAUCACCGCCAUCGCUACAAAAUUGGUGUGCCAGAGGGUGUGAGAGACCUCCCCCCUGGAGAAGCUCUGCCUCUGGAGUCCAACCUCGUCUUCCUGAACGGGAUCAGCUUCUCUAAGGGCUGCUACAUCGGACAGGAGCUCACGGCUCGCACCCACCACACGGGCGUGGUCCGAAAGCGCCUCAUGCCCCUCAGCCUCUCUGUACCUGUGGAGAACCUGCCACUGGGGGGCGCCAUCGAGUCAGAACAGGGGAAAGCGGCGGGGAAACUAAGGUCAGGGGUCGGGGAGCUCGGGCUGGGCCUCGUACGACUGAGUCAUGCCAAAGAGACGCUCACAGUGUCGUCCACUCAGGGUGAAAAAGUGAUGCUCACAGCAUCAGUGCCAGACUGGUGGCCCAAGGACAUGAAGGACAAACUAUAAAUAUACCAGAACAAACCUGGGUUUGGGACUGUACUUGGGCUUGGAACCAGACCUGGGUUUAGGACUGGUCUUGGGUUUGUAACAAUAUUAGUAGUUAAAAGCACCACAUAAAUAAAAAAUACAUUGGUUUCGAGCAAGACUUUGGUUUAAUAGUGCAUUCUAGUUUAGAACAGGACCCUGGGUUUUUAGGACUGACCUCAGGUGUUUAGGACUAAACUCAGGUUUGGUAAGAGAUCUCAGGUUUAGAACUGGACCCCAGUCCAGACACUUUCAUUAACACUUCCUCAAUCCCACACUACUGGUCAAUAAAGUUAUGCUAAUAUAAAACCUGUUCCGAAUGUCGAGUCUGUGUUUGAUGUUAUCAUGUUAACUCUGUUUAUUUAAAUAAAAACGCUUUGGGAUCAGUAAUGACAUCACAUCUCCAACUA